AUGCAGCCAAUGGAGCGCUCCCGACACGCGCCCGUGGAGUACAGCCGCCAGCUCAGCACCCAGAGCCAGCCCAAGUACUUAUACCGGCGGGUGCUCAGGGUACUGCAGCCUAGAGCCAUUUGUCCACCGUGUGUGCGCAUGCGCACUGGCUGUUUAGCCGCGAGCUGCACGGUCAGCCACAGGAAGUGUCCGGUCCUGACGCGCUCGUGCUCCUGCCCCGUCCCCGCUGGUCCCUCUGGUUCCUCUGAGGCUGUGGCUGUGCUCUGUGGCUGUGCUCUGGAGCGGGCUCUCUGCACUCUCUGCCGGGGCUCUGCGAUGGGAUGCUGCGGCAGCGCGGAGAGGCCUAAGCGAGAGUGGCGCCCCCUGGAGGACCGGAGCUGCACAGACCUGCCCUGGUUCCUGUUGUUCACCGCCUUCUGCGUCGGCAUGGGCGGGAUCUGCGGCUUCACCGUGGUCACUGGGGGCGCUGCUCGGCUGCUGUUUGGAUACGACAGCUUUGGAAACACUUGUGGAGAACGCAACGAAAGGCUGGAAGGGGUGCGGCUCAGCGGACUGGACCACACUGACCGCAGGUUCGUCUUCUUCCUGGACCCAUGUGACAUUGACCUGGUCCAGAGGAGGAUCCGCUCCAUGGCUCUGUGUGUGUCUCUGUGUCCGGGCCGAGAGCUGCGCACCUACGACGACCUGCGCAGCUUCGCCAUGAACAAUGGCUCAGAGUUGUGCUCGUAUGAACUGGCUGCUCACAACUAUCCUUCUGAACCAGAGAGAGAGCAGCGCUGCCCCAAACUACCUGUGCCACGGAGUAAGCCCCUUCCCCUCUUGAGGCGCUGUUCGCCCGUGCAGGUGUCCUGCUACGCCCGGCUGGCCGUUGCCGUGGUGACGUUUGUGGGCGACGACAGCGUUUUGCACCGGCUGAUUGCAGGCGUAUCAGCGAGUCGUGACGUCAUCAUUGGACUGUGCUUCCUGGCCCUCGUGCUGUCCAUGCUGCUGAUGCUGAUUAUCCGCUACAUUUCAACGGUGCUGGUGUGGAUCCUCACGGGCCUGGUGGUGCUGGGCUCAUUAGGGGGCACCGGUGUCCUGUGGUGGCUGUACAUCGACCAUCGUCUCCAUGGGAACAAUACGGUGACAACUUCUAGGGACAGUAACCGCAACCAGGGCAACAUGGGAACAAAGGACCAUGUGACCAAGAACCAGGCGCUACUGGUGUACGCCGCAGCCGCCAGCGUCUUUACCCUUGUGCUCAUGCUGCUCAUGCUCUUCAUGAGGAAGCGUGUGGCCCUCACUGUGGCCCUGUUCCAUGUUGCGGGGAAAGUGUUCCUGUGUCUCCCCCUGCUGACUGCGCUGCCUUUCCUCACUCUGCUCUUCCUGCUGCUCUUCUGGGCUUACUGGGUCCUGGUGCUUCUCUUCCUCGGCACCUCUGGAGAGCCCGUACCGGACCAGGACUCAGGCCUGGUGGAGUUUCGUUUACAGGGUCAGCUCCAGUACCUCCCCUGGUUCCACGCGGUGGGUCUGGUGUGGAUCUCAGAGUUCAUUCUGGCCUGUCAGCAGAUGACCAUCGCUGGAGCAGUGGUCACAUACUAUUUUACCAGGGAUAAAGCCCGCCUCCCAGCUACGCCCAUCCUGUCGUCAGUGCUGCGGUUGGUGCGUUACCACCUGGGCACCGUGGCCAAAGGCUCGUUCAUCAUCACUCUGGUGAAGGGCCCCCGACUCCUGCUGAUGUAUCUGCACAACCAGCUCCGGGGCCGGGAGAACGCCUGUGCUCGCUGCCUCCUCAAGUCCUGCAUCUGCUGCCUCUGGUGUCUGGAGAAGUGCCUCAACUACCUGAACCAGAAUGCAUACGCAGCCACGGCCAUAAACAGCACCAGUUUCUGCGUGUCGGCCCGGGACGCCUUCAUCAUCCUGGUAGAGAACGCUCUGAGGGUCGCCACCAUCAACGCCGUGGGAGACUUUGUCCUGUUCCUCGGAAAGGUGCUGAUCGUGGUGUGCACUGCCUUCGCGGGAGUCCUGGUCCUGAACUACCAGAGGGACCUGUCCGAGUGGCUGCUGCCCCUGGUGUUCGUGUGUCUGGGGGCCUUUCUGGUGUCCCACUGCUUCCUGUCUGUCUUCGAGAUCGUGGUGGACGUGCUUUUUCUCUGCUUCGCCAUCGACACAAAGUACAAUGAUGGCACGCCUGGAAAAGAGUUCUACAUGGACAAGGCCCUCAUGGAGUUUGUGGAGAGCAGUCGGCGGGUAGAACGUGGCUUGAGUCGCCGGCGUGUUAAGGGGGCAGAGUCGGAGCCCAUGGUGAGUGAGGAGGGGGCGGGGCUUGCGAGCGAGGAGUGGGCGGAGCUGGAGACAGUCCACGUCCCCGUCCUGGCCCUGGCUUUGGUGCUGGACUUAGCCACGGCUCCAGAGCCUGCCCUGGUGCCCACCCUGAGCCAGGACUUCCUGCUCUUCCUGGGACUGUACCUGCCCACGUGCACACUCUUCCUGCUGUUCACGCCACUCGUGUCAGGCUCCGCCCACAAGCGCACCAGCCCCGCCCCGGUGCACACAAGCCCCACCCACAAGAAGCCGGCCGCCGCGUGA